AUUAAUUUUCUAUUGUUUUAUACAAUGUCAUAAAAACUACUAUUUUUAUUCUACAAAAUUUUAUUUAAAUUUUUCUGAAUUGAGCUGAAUAUAAAUAGAGUAACUUUAAUUUUGCACAAACAAUUUUUAACACUUUGUACAAACAACAUUAUUUAGAUAGCAAUAAAAAAUAGUUUCUCCUCAUUAUUGGAUGUCUUCAACCUACUUUCAAAUUUUGAGCAUUAUUUUAAAAACACCUUCUAUUUUCAUUUAAUUUUCCAAAAUAAAUAUAAAUAAAUAUAAUAAAGUUUUCAGGUUCAAAGUUGCAAUUUUUUAACAAAAUAUCCCAAUUUAAUGCCUCAAAUUUACAAUUUACAUUUAUAGAACACCCUGUAUUUUCAUGUGCCUUUAAAGGUCCACAAGUUGAAUUGAAUCGAGAAGGCCUUGGUUCCAAUAAGAUAUAUAAGAGAUCCGAUUGAGGUUAUGUUUAUAUUGCAAAACGUCAAUAACAACAAUGAAUUUCCAAACUCUUUGCGAAUUUUUCGAGUUGAUCAAAUACAAAAAAAACUUGCAGCAGAAAAGCAUUGCAAUAAAAGAGCAAAUGAGAAACUUCAGAUCCCUUGUCCUGUUGAAACCUGAGGAUGAACGUUUCGACCUGAUCUUCUCGAUAAUGCGAUUGAUUGUGCCCAAAUUGGACAGGGACAGGUCGACGUACAACAUGAAACAAGCUAGGAUUUCUAAAAUAUUAAUCAAGAUGCUAUCACUUCCUGAAGGUAAUGACAAAAAUAAGCUGACUAAAGGAUAUCAACAUUCAGGUGUUGGGGAGGAAUUCAGUGAGAUCAUCUAUACAGUAUUAAGAAAAUACAUCAGGUCCAACACAUCUACCCUUACCAUAGAUGAAUUAAACAAAACCCUAGAUGAUAUAACUCAAAGAGAAUCAGAUGCUGAAGCAGACCGUCUCUUGUUGGGGCUAUUCAAAAAGUGCAGUCCUGAAGAUGCAAAGUGGAUUAUAAAAAUAAUUUUACGGGAAAUGCGACUUGGAAUCGACGCAGACAAGAUUUUGAAUUGCUAUCAUCCAGAUGGAUCAAACUUAUAUUCGACAAACAACAAUCUAAGAAAGGUAUGUGAGAUUUUGUUUGAUCCAAAUGUUAAACUCAAUGAAAUUGAGAUAAACAUCUUCGAGGCUUUCCGCCCUAUGUUAUCAAAACGUCUGGACAAAAAUUCAUUUAAAAAAGAAAUAUUAGAUGAAAAUGAGUACAUCCUUGAAAAUAAAUUUGAUGGAGAACGUUUUCAAGUGCACAUGGAAAACAACAAAUUCAUGUAUUUUUCAAGAAAAGCCUUUAAUUACUCAAGUACUUUUGGAGAAACAUUUGAUAGUGGAAAUUUUACCCCAAAAUUAAAAGGUGUAAUCCAUGAGGAUAUAAACAGAAUUAUUCUGGAUGGGGAAAUGAUGCUUUACAACAAAUAUAAAGAGGAAUAUGGAUCUAAAGGUAUGACUUUAGAUGUUAAGAAGCUGUCAGAUAAUGGUGCAUAUCAACCAUGUUUUGUCAUCUAUGAUAUUCUUAUGGUCAAUGAUACAGUAUUAACAACUAAACCACUAAAAGAAAGACUGGAGAUACUAAAUGAUGCAAUAGUCAAAGAAAUACCUGGUGUGAUAGCAAUCAGCAAAUUCAAUAAAAUAAAAUCACAAGUAGAAAUAGUGAAUGCUCUGAACUCCUCUAUGGAUAAUGAGGAGGAAGGCAUAAUCAUAAAGAAUCCAAUGUCUGAAUACAAAUGUGGACAAAGAAAUGCUGGUUGGUACAAAAUGAAAAUGGAGUAUUUCAGUGAUGUUAUGAAUGAUAUGGACCUUGUAUUAAUGGGAGGGUCACAUACUUCCUCUGAUACCCAGAAACUUAAUACAUUUUAUGUAGGAAUAAAGUCUGCUGACUCUUAUGCAUGUCUUGUUAAAAUUUCUAGUGGUUUAACAUAUGAACAAUUGGAUAUGCUGGACAAAAAAUUGAAAAACGAAGGACACCCUUUCGAAGAAUUUGAAUCUAAGAAUAACGGUCGGUAUAUGUUUGGCAAAGACACACCGCAGUAUUGGAUAGAUCCGGAAAAAACUGUCGUAUUUGUUGUUAGGGCGACUGAAUUAAUCAGGACCGCAGAUAAUAGCGUUAAAACUCCAUACACUUUAAGGUUUCCAAGGAUUCUCCAAAUAAGAAGUGAUAAACCUGUACACGAAUGUAUGGAUAUAAACGAUUUACUCGAUCUAAGCCAACAGCACAAGCCCGUAAUAAAGUUAAAUAAAAGACACAUCACUCUGCAGGAAAUACUUACUCAAAAACCGAGAAUAAACCUUAAAAGAGCCAGAUUGAUUAUGCCAAAAAUGGAGGAUUUGGGAGAAAGACUGGACAUAUUAAAAAAUUACACAAUUCAUGUAUUAAAUGGCACAGAAGAAAAAUCUAAGGACUUCAUUGAAGAUCUAGUUGCUCAUGUUGGAGGCAAAAUUAGUUACAGAUUGGAUGAAAAAGUAGACAUUGUUAUAGUGGGUCAAUUAAAUGAAAAAUUUAAGAAUGUCAAAUUUAAUCCAGAUGUUAAAUACGACUUGAUUCACGUUGAUUGGCUUUUAAGAAUAAUUGAGAAUAAAGCACUGCUUAGCUAUGAACCUGAAGAAGUUCUAGGAGUUGGUUUCAACUACAAAAAUAAAUUGUGUGAUAAAGUGGAUGUCUGUGGGGAUGGUUAUGUGGAGGACGCCACUGAGGAUUCUUUAAACCAAUGUUUUAGAAAUGUUAAGAAAAUUAAAACAGAUCUCAAUGCAAAUGGUUUAUAUAGUGAUUUGUUAGAAGAACGAUUCAAAAUGCAGAAGUAUAAUGUUUACUUCGAUAAAUUUGAAGAAAUCAACAAUUCCGGAUCUAAAGUUAUUUUAAAUACAUUCCUUGAUGAGGUCCAACUAAGAUAUUAUAGGGGAACAGUAAGUACAACUGUUACUUCUGACGUUAACUUAAUUAUUUGUUAUAGCGAAGAACGAACAGAAAAAGUUCGUGACUGGCUAGAACGUAAAGGUUACACGUCUGUAGACGUAACGACUCCGGAUUUUUUAUAUAUUUAAUUUCUAUUGUGAUUAGUUUACUCUGUAACAUUUUUACCAAAUACAGUAUAACAAUAGCAAA